UCAAUAUUUUUCAACACCAGUUAAUGAUACGAAUAUACUUGAAAAUUUAAAACAAUCAUCUGAUUUACCGCAAAAUGUUCAUAUAGAAUUAGAUGCUGUACGUUUUACACCGGAAACAAGUACAUUUUUUAAUGAACUUGAUGCAUUUCCAAACCGAUCAACAAAAGUUCUUGAUUUAUGGUACAAGAAAAAAUAUGCAUCAUAUCCGAAAAAUGAAGAAGAUCCAUUUAAAGAUAAUAUUUACUAA